GCUUCGUCGUCAGGGGCUAAAACCCUAGCCUUUUGUUUAUCUCCUCCACACUCUCGUCUCUUACAAGGCGGAAACGACGCCGUCUUGCUCUGCAGCCAGGCUAAAAGUCUGAUUAGUCAAUAUGGCAACUUUUGCCAAACCAGAGAAUGCUUUGAAGCGAGCUGAAGAGUUGAUCAAUGUGGGGCAGAAGCAAGAUGCCUUGCAAGCACUUCAUGAUCUUAUCACCUCAAAGAGGUACCGAGCCUGGCAGAAGACACUUGAAAGGAUCAUGUUCAAAUAUGUAGAGCUUUGUGUUGACAUGCGGAGGGGUAGGUUUGCUAAGGAUGGUCUGAUCCAAUACCGUAUUGUAUGUCAACAAGUGAAUGUUACUUCUUUGGAGGAAGUAAUCAAACACUUCAUGCAUCUGUCUACUGAGAAAGCUGAACAAGCACGAAAUCAGGCACAGGCCCUGGAAGAAGCUCUUGAUGUUGAUGACCUUGAAGCAGAUAAAAGACCGGAAGAUCUAAUGUUAAGUUAUGUCAGUGGAGAGAAAGGAAAGGAUAGAUCUGACCGUGAGCUUGUCACCCCUUGGUUUAAAUUUUUGUGGGAGACCUAUAGAACAGUGCUGGAAAUAUUACGAAACAACUCAAAGUUGGAAGCACUUUAUGCGAUGACAGCACACCGGGCCUUCCAGUUCUGCAAACAAUACAAACGAACAACAGAGUUCCGCAGACUCUGUGAAAUAAUCAGAAAUCAUCUAUCAAACCUUAACAAAUAUAGGGACCAAAGGGACCGACCUGACUUAUCGGCUCCUGAAAGCUUACAGCUUUAUCUUGAUACGAGAUUUGAGCAGCUAAAGAUUGCUACUGAACUCGAACUUUGGCAGGAAGCGUUUCGCUCUGUUGAAGAUAUUCAUGGAUUGAUGUGCAUGGUUAAGAAAACCCCCAAAGCAUCUUUGAUGGUCGUUUAUUAUGCCAAGUUAACAGAAAUAUUCUGGGUUUCAUCCAGUCAUCUCUAUCAUGCUUAUGCAUGGUUCAAGCUUUUUUCAUUGCAGAAGAGCUUCAAUAAGAAUUUAAGUCAGAAGGACUUGCAAUUGAUUGCAUCAUCUGUUGUUUUGGCUGCACUUUCAGUGACUCCCUAUGAUCUCACACGUGGUGCAUCUCAUUUGGAACUAGAAAAUGAGAAAGAGCGCAAUCUCAGGAUGGCUAAUCUUAUAGGAUUCAAUCUGGAACCUAAACUUGAUGGUAGAGAAGUGCUAUCUCGGUCUGCUCUUCUUUCAGAACUGGUCUCUAAAGGUGUUAUGACCUGCGUUACUCAAGAGGUAAAGGAUCUGUAUCAUCUUCUAGAGCACGAAUUUCUGCCUCUAGAUCUUGCAUCGAGGGUACAGCCCUUGUUAGCAAAAAUUUCAAAACUUGGGGGCAAGCUUUCUUCAGCUUCUUCUGUUUCUGAAGUGCAACUGUCCCAGUAUGUUCCGGCCCUGGAAAAGCUUGCCACCCUGAGGUUGCUUCAGCAGGUGUCUCAAGUGUAUCAGACUAUGAAAAUUGAGAGCUUGUCUAAGGUGAUCCAAUUUUUUGAUUUCUCUGUCGUGGAGAAGAUCUCUGUGGAUGCUGUCAAACAUGGCUUUAUUGCAAUGAAAGUUGACCACAUGAAGGGUGUCAUCUUGUUUGGAAAUUUGGGUAUUGAAUCUGAUAGGAUGCGGGAUCACCUCACUGUUUUUGCUGAAUUUUUAAAUAAAGCAAGGGCUCUGAUACAUCCACCUGCCAAGAAAGCAUCAAAAUUGGGUGACAUGCUUUCAGGUUUAGCAGAGACUGUGGAUAAGGAACACAAGAGGCUUCUUGCUCGGAAAUCAAUUAUAGAGAAACGCAAGGAAGAGCAAGAACGCCAACUGUUGGAAAUGGAGCGUGAGGAGGAGUCAAAGAGGCUUAAGCUACAAAAGAUAACUGAAGAGGCAGAACAGAAAAGGCUUGCAUCCGAGUAUGAGCAAAGGAAAACUCAAAGGAUCCUUAGAGAAAUUGAGGAGCGGGAACUUGAAGAAGCACAGGCACUACUGCAGGAAGCUGAGAAGCGUGGCAAAAAGAAGGGAAAGAAGCCUAUUGCAGAGGGAGAAAAGGUUACCAAGCAAUCUUUGAUGGAGCUGGCCCUGAGUGAGCAACUUAGGGAGAGACAGGAAAUGGAGAAGAAGUUGCAAAAACUGGCGAAAACAAUGGAUUAUUUAGAAAGAGCUAAAAGAGAAGAGGCAGCUCCUUUAAUUGAAGCUGCAUUUCAACAGCGUCUAGUGGAAGAGAAGGCGUUUCAUGAACAUGAGCAGCAGCAAGAGAUUGAAGUUAGUAGACAGCGCCACGACGGAGACCUCAGGGAGAAAAAUAGACUGGUCCGGAUGUUGGACAAAAAGAUGAUAUUCCAGGAAAGAGUUAUGAACCGUCGGCAAGCAGAAUAUAGCAGACUGAGAGCAGAGAGAGAGGAGCGAAUCAGUCAAAUCAUCCAGAGUCGGAAACAGGAGAGGGAAGCUAAGAGGAAGAUGUUAUUCUACUUGAGGUCAGAAGAGGAAAGGAUGAAAAAGGCACGUGAAGAGGAGGAAGCCCGUAAGCGUGAAGAGGCUGAGAGGCGGAGAAAAGAAGAAGCUGAACGAAGGGCGAAGUUGGAUGAGAUAGCUGAGAAGCAGAGGCAAAGAGAACGGGAACUGGAAGAAAAAGAAAAGCUUAGGAGAGAAGCUCUCUUGGGUAGGCCAACUGAGGUGCCUCCCAAACCUUCUGAGCCCCCUACUGGAGGUCGCCCGCUGGAGCCUGGAUCUGCUGCUCCAGCUGCAGCUGCUGCUGCUGCUGCACCAGCGUCUGGAAAAUAUGUGCCCAAGUUUCGUAGAGAGAGAGGUGAAAGCGCUGUACAGGUCCCACCCCCAGAACCCGACCGAUGGGGAAGCAGGGGGGCUCCUAAUCCAGAAUCCGAUCGAUGGGGCAGCAGGCAGGACGAUCGUCCACCUCAACCGAGUGACAGAUGGCGUAGAGACGACCGAGGAAGCUCUUUCGGUUCAGGUGGUGGCUCAAGGUCUUCUACCUGGUCUUCUUCCCCCAGACGCUGAAGGUACACACCACUUUGGUUGGAUUGCUUGGACUGCGGCCAUUCAAAUUUAAAUCCAUGUUUAGUUGUGAGUGGUUUAUUUUGUAGACAAUGGCACAUCCCAAACUUUAGAGAAUAUUUAUUGUUGUUAAAUUUUGGGGACUUGGGUACUUGAAAAUUCUGAGUUUCUUUCAAGUUUUUAUUACAUAUUCUUGUCCCAGACAAUUUCUUCUGAAUUUUCCCAGUAACUUUUUGAUAUAAUAACAUAUUCCACCCCCGCUCUGUUGAA